AUGCCUGCACGUCUACGGAACUUGGUCAUGAAAGCAAGCCGGAGCAGUCGAUCAGGCGAUCUAUGCGACAGCUGUAUCAUGGCCGCUACUCGCAGCGUGCUGGCUGGCCUCAGGAAGCAUUGCGUUGCAGCGUGUUACACAAGUUCUGGAGAUUGUCUGCAGCUGCAGCGCGCGCGAGCUCCGGCCAACUCGACGCUCGACGGCCCAGGAUCCGUCUCCCGCUCACAUUGGCCGCCCAUCCCAGUCUCGUCUCGCCUGCACGUUGCUGGCUGGCUGCUGCCAUCCUCGACACAGCUUUGCUCCGAUCUGUCGGACAGCCUUGCGUCGUCGACACCUUCCGCCAAUCCUCCUGCACACCACGCAGAAGCGUGCAUGUGA